AUGAGUCCAAACCCCCCACAGAAGAUCCCCCGCAUCCGCCAAUCCAGUGGCACACUCACAUCGGCAGAGCGGUGGCAAGUUGUGACCAAGCGCGACGCAACAAUCAACAACUUCGUCUAUGCCGUCCUGACCACAAGAAUCUAUUGUCGCCCCUCUUGCCCCUCCCGCCUCGCCCGUCGUGCCAAUGUACAAUUUUACGAUACUCCUUCACAGGCCGAAAAAGCAGGCUUCCGACCCUGUAAGCGCUGUCGGCCAGAAUCAGGAGGCACGGCGGCUCAGAGCAACCCCCAGAACUUGAUGGUUGAGAGAGCAUGCCAGGAUAUAAAAGAUAUUUUAGGGAGAGGGCUGAAACCACGAUUGCAAGAUCUGGCGAUCCAAGCAGGGUUGACCCCAAGCCAUUUCCAUCGUGUCUUUAAGAAGCGCAUGGGCGUUACGCCUGGUCAUUAUGCCAAUGCCACCCUGGUCUCUAUGAAUUUACACUCCCCGCCGGGAUCUUUGAGUGCUGUUACGUAUGAUGCUGAAACACCGGCCCUUGGUCUGAAUGAGGUAGAUGAAGUUUCUGAUUUAUCUGUGGGGAAUAUGUUAGAUCCGGGUGGCCAUAUUUCUACAGUUACCAUGGAGGCGUGGAAUGAGUUUGACGAUUUGUUGGCUAUAGAGGAGUUCUUCUGGGAUUGGGACUCCUAUUGA